AUGAGCGCAGCUGCCGGUCACAGACAGCCUAAGUGCCAUGUCCUUAAUUUCUCCUAUGACAAGAAGGAGAACUGCGAGUUGACGGUUUUUAUCAACAGUGUCCGAGUUCACAUUGAUGUUAAUGCUGAGAAGUUCAAGGCAGGCUCAGGUCCUGCUGCCAAGCUGGGCCGCGAGUACAGGGAGCUUCUGUCAAAGGUAAAGGAGGCGGACGAAGACUUCUCAAGACCGUGUUCGAAGGAGAAUCUGAGAAAUGGAGGCAAGAAGCAGGAUUCCGGAACGAGGGACACAGAUGGCGACAACGACAGUGGCAUCGACAUGAGUGAAGGUCACGACAAGAUUGCCUACCCUGUAAAGCAAGCACCAGAAGAUCCAGAGAAGACGUUAAGUGAUUGGAUGCUAAAGCCGUUCGGAGCUAUCUUCGCUGAGAAAGCUCCUGCAUCUGGCGUAGUAAGAGAGCAGUCUGUGCAAGAUUGGUAUAGAACCGCGACGUUGUUCUUUGAUCUCGAGUUUGAGAAUGGACAACUUGUUGCUAGAGAGUUAGAAGCGACAAUCGAGCUUGAACAGCGAAUGAGCGAUAUCGUCCCGAGAAUGCACGCGCCCAAAUACAUCAGGACUGACAACAUACUGUGGUACCGGGCCGAACAGCUGACCGUCUUGGAAGAAGAUGAUAUGCCACCACCGUAUCACCCCAGUCUCGUGAAAGUCGGCGAAGAGACCUUUUUCUUGAAGAUGAUUGAUCCAACACAACCACAACCCUUCAAGCGUGAGAUACAAAUAAUGAGGAAAAUCGAAAAGCUGGGUUUGCAUGAGAAGUUGAGGGUUCCGUUAGUGAAGGGUCUCGUAGGAUUUGAAGACAGCAAAACAGAAAUGAUGGGCUUUCUCCAGACCGUGGUCGAGGAUCCUAUACCAUUAACCAAACUGUUGGACGACGAUGUACCACAACGCAAACGCGAUUUAUGGGCUAAGGAGUCAGAACGUAUGAAGAACUUGCUGCACGAGCACAAAAUAAUCUGGGGAGAUGCUAAAGCUGACAACUUUCUUGUUGACAAGCAUGAUAACCUAUGGAUCAUCGACUUUGGAGGUAGUUUCACCGAAGGAUGGGUGGAUGAGGAGCUCAUGGAGACUGAGGAAGGGGACGAUAUGGGUGUGGCGAGGAUAGUAAACGCCUUACAUGAUCCGAGUGCCAACACUUUUGAUCCGGAUGAAGGUAUGCCACCCGCACAUGCUGCAUCCCUAGCACCACACGGACGAAAGCGCAAGACGUCUCAAACGACCGAAGACGAUACCAAUAGUGAAGCCGGAGAACAGGCUGAGGAAGAGGCAAUCCCGAGAAAGCGUGUGCGAACAGGGACCGCGACUGAGUUGAAGCACGAGCAAUCUGAGAGCGAGGAAGAGGAAGAAGUGGUGGAAAGCCCAGGUGCACCAUUCAAGUACCAAGACCUGGAACUCGAUGACAGUCUGCGCCCAGACGAGGCACAUGUACGCAUCAAAGCUACAGGAAUAUGUCCCGACGACAUGAUGUUUGCCACGCAAGACAAAUUACCGGACAUGUUCCCAUGUGUUAUGGGCCACGAAGGUGCAGGGAUCGUGCAAGCAGUCGGUGACAAAGUUACGGCAGUACAACCUGGCGACCAUGUUGUGAUAGUGACAGCAAGCUGUGGCGAGUGCGAAUACUGUGAACGAAAGCUACCUGCCUAUUGCGACGAAUGGUUUCAGCACAACUGUGGUAUGGGUAGAGCAGAUGGGUCUAAGUCUUUCCGUCUUCCCAAAAGCGGCAGGAGAGUGUGCAGCCACUUCUUUGGACAGAGCAGCUUCGCACAAGAUAUCUAUGUGAAGCAAACUGGGCUAGUAAAAGUACCCAAAGAUGUGCCCUUCGAGAAGCUAGCACCUCUAGCUUGUGGCUUCAUGGUCGGAGCGGGCGCAAUGCUGAACGUGGUACAGCCAAUAAGCAGGAUGACUGUCGUGGUCGCCGGUACAGGAUCUGUCGGUCUUGGUGCCAUCAUGGCAUUGAAGAUGUUACCGAAGCCACCGAAAAAGAUCAUUGCUGUCGACAUCUUACCUUCCAGGCUAGAAGUCGCGAGAUCCAUGGGCGCUACUCAUGGAGUGAACAACAAAGCACACAAAGACCUAAUGCAAGUAUUAAUGCACAUCACAGGUGGUGCAGGCAUUGACGCCUCAAUCGACACGACAGGGGAGAACGAUGUCAUACAGAGUCUGGUGCAUGCGACAGCCCGAAAAGGAAAGGUCGUUACAAUAGGUACUGGAGAUACAAAAGCAGAAGUCACCCUGAACCUUUUCGAACUAGUCCAAGCUGGCUGCACCUACAUUGGUACUCAACAAGGAGACGCAUACCCCCGAGAGCUCGUACCAAGGUUGAUUACGGCCUACAACGAAGGGAAGUUUCCCUAUGAUAAACUCACCAGGACCUACCCAGCAAAGGACGUUGAACAAGCUAUACUCGACAUGCGAAGUGGUAAGACUAUCAAGCCUGUGUUGCUGUGGGACUGA